CACACGAGAGAGAGAGAGAGAGAGAGAGAGAGAGAGAGAGAGAGUCAUGUUAGGGGUCGCCGCUUCAUCUUCUUCUCUCCAAGCACACCCAUCUCAUGAAAGAGGUUGGUUGUCGAGGGAGCCUAAAUCCUUGAAAGCGAGUUUUGUUGUACCGUUUCAAGGGCAAGUGAAUUGUGAAAAGAAUAUCAAGAAAAAAUGGCAUUCUACCCAACGCUUUCAAUGUUGUUCCCAAAGAUCCUCUGCUUUAGGUAAUAACGAAGGAAACGUAGAGAUUCAAUCUUCCAAGCAAGACAGGUUAGAGAAUGAUUAUUCAUCCAAACAAGAGGAUGCUUAUAAUGGACCAUUGGGAAAAAUAUACGCAUUGUACAGAUUUACUCGUCCAUAUGCUGCCAUGGGCACAGGUCUAUCUGUAGCAUCUGUUUCUUGUCUUCCCAUAGAAACAAUUGCUGAUUUCACUCCAACAUUUUUCGUAGGAGUACUAAAGGCUAUUAUCCCUACAGUAUUGGCUCACAUUUAUUCAGCUGGAGUGAAUCAAGUUUAUGAUAUAGAAAUUGACAAGGCUAACAAAAAAAAUCUUCCAAUCGCCUCUGAAGUCUUCUCAAUCGAAACUGCUAAGACCAUUGUUUGGAUAGUCACAUUGCUGAGCCUUUCUAUGGGAGUCAUGUCCCAAUCCUUGGCACUUCUCUGCGGCAUUCUUUCUUGCUUUAUGUAUGGAACUAUAUAUUCUGUUGAUCUUCCCUUCCUUAGGUGGAAAAGAGAUCCUAUACUCGCUGCAGCAAUCAUUGGGUUCUGGAAGGGUAUUGGUAGCAUUAUUCCCUACUUUAUACAUGCUCAGAAUUAUAUACUGGGGAGGCCAAUAAUUAUUACCAAGUCAUUGAUAUUUGCUUCAGUUGUAAUGUCUCUACAUGUAUUUCUCCUCCUUGUGAGUGUUUCAAACAUUUCUCCUCCUUGUGAGUGCUUUGAACCUUCUUUUCUACCUCAAACCUCUUCGUUUGCCUUUCCUCUCUUGUACAAUGGCUUCAUCGUCCAACCCACCACCGCCAAACCCAAUGAUCAUGAAGAAGAAGACGAUCCGCUAGAAGUGGAUGAUAUUUACAUAAGAGCUGCGCUGGUCAACUGGGAAAACACUUUUGUAGGAUACAUCAUUCCCGGCAAGGCCCACAGGUGUCAAGCAGUCUCAGAAGGUCUUAUAGCUGCGUGGAACCUAGGUUUUUGGUUGACGUUUCUCUCCUACACGGAAUAA